AUGCUGAUCGAUUCGGGCAAUGUGACACACCGCUCGCUGAGGCGGUCGAUACUUGCUGCACAUGACGUCGUCUGUUGCGCCGCUCGACUUGCGCUCCUCAUCUGCAUCCAGCCCGAUCCCCUCAAAUUUCAUAAGAUGUCGUACGCCUAUCUCUUCAAGUACAUCAUCAUCGGAGAUACGGGUGUUGGAAAGUCAUGUCUUCUACUGCAGUUUACCGACAAACGCUUCCAACCAGUUCACGAUCUCACAAUCGGUGUCGAAUUUGGUGCUCGUAUGGUGACAAUAGAUGGCAAGCAGAUUAAGCUGCAAAUCUGGGAUACUGCCGGGCAGGAAUCAUUCAGGUCGAUCACAAGGUCAUAUUACAGAGGUGCAGCUGGAGCAUUACUUGUUUACGAUAUUACACGUCGAGAUACUUUCAACCACUUGACAUCAUGGCUGGAGGAUGCUCGACAGCAUAGCAAUAGCAAUAUGGUUAUAAUGCUCAUUGGCAAUAAAAGUGAUCUCGAGGCUAGACGAGAAGUGAAACGAGAAGAAGGUGAGGCAUUUGCCAGAGAACAUGGACUUGUAUUCAUGGAAACAAGUGCAAAGACAGCGGCUAAUGUGGAAGAGGCCUUUAUUGAUACUGCGAAAGAAAUCUACAGAAAGAUCCAGGAGGGAGUGUUCGACAUCAAUAAUGAGGCUAAUGGAAUCAAGCUGGGACCUCAACAUUCGCCGAGUUCACCGAACUCGCCUGGAGGAAACGCUACUGGUGGUUUGGGUGGAUCCAGUGGAUGCUGCUAAGCUACCACACAUGUAAACAAAAAAAUGUCUAUCAAAAUGGUGUUUCUGAAUCUUCCGUUUGCGAUUUUGUUCACAAAUGCUUUUCUACGUUCAGUGUCGUGGUAUAUGAAUAUUCCCAUAAUCGUCGCAUGUUAUAUACAAGCUAGUCUUGAAUAUGGCUUACAUUUGCACUUCUUCUUAAGCUAUCAUUUCGAAUCCUCACAUCUCCUGGUGAACGUUCAACCCCCGAAGACCCGCAUUAUGCCAUUUUCUGCUAGUUUAUCUCCUUCAUUAUCACUUUGCCAAUCAAUCCUAUCUGUCCAGUAUAUGUGAAACGUACACUCUUCUGUGAUGUUCCUCUUAUCUCAAACCAGUAGUUUCAGUUACAGCGCGGAAUCAGCUGAUGCGCAGCAGCGAGUUUCUAUUGCGUUUCUUUCUUUUGCAAACCUAGUAUAUCAACUU